UCCAUUUAGAAUUACAUUCUGUGUUUACAUUAUCGUUCCACCUAAAGAGCUUUAACUCAUACUGUUUCGAUAAAUGUUCAUUUAUUACAGUUUCAUGGAAGACAUGAGAAGUUUUAAUUUCAAAACUACCUUUGACUGUAGAAGACGUCAUUGUAGAACUUGCUUUUUUCUUGCUUUGAUGCUGAAUUGUAAAUUCGAAGUUGUAGCUGAAGGCUUCGUUUGAAGUCUUUCGAAGUGACGAUUCUUGAAGAUGUCUGCGUCGAUAGAUCUUACGAUCGAGUGUCGUUUCAAAUCUAAAGCGCUUCUUUUAUAGAUAAAUCAAUAACCAAUCAGAUUUAAGAUAUUGUUAAAAGGACAAAGAAGUGAUUGAUGUUUCUUAAGUUUGAUUGACAUUUGCAAAUUGAUAUUUUCAAACUUCAAAUUUAAAAAUAUUUGAAGUUUUAAAAAACUUCAAGUUUUUUUUGGAAACUUCAAUUUUUAUUUAAAAUUAAUUUAAAGGAAAAAUUGAAGUUUUUUAAAACUUCGGAGAUUCGGAGAUCUGACUGAGUAACGACAGAUUGAUCAGCCAUGGCUGAGCACGAUAACUUCCAAAAGUUCGUGGACAUGCGGGAUGGAUUGGAGGCGAUGUUUCGUGAAACCUACUCAGAGGAAGCAGAUGUGGAAGAUGUGCAAAUGUUUAUGCAAGCAUGGAAGAAAAGAUUGGAGGAUAUAAAUUCGGAGAUCUGACUGAGUAACGACAGAUUGAUCAGCCAUGGCUGAGCACGAUAACUUCCAAAAGUUCGUGGACAUGCGGGAUGGAUUGGAGGCGAUGUUUCGUGAAACCUACUCAGAGGAAGCAGAUGUGGAAGAUGUGCAAAUGUUUAUGCAAGCAUGGAAGAAAAGAUUGGAGGGUAUGUUUGACCCGAAGCCUGAAUCUUUUAUGUCUAACGAUGAAAAAACUUUAUUUCGUUAUUCACAGUUAUGUUUAGAAAUGGCGAUUGUGAAAAACAGACCGAUAGUUGAAGAGGUUCCAGACAUUUACGAAUCGUAUACUAUGGAAUAUUUUAAACGUCGGUAUUGAAGUUAUGUGUUUGACCUCGUUACCAAGCGAAAAAUUGAGUUUGGGGGAAGAAGUUUUAGAUAUUGAUGGUUCAGAUGAUGAAAAACGACGGCAUAUUCUCCUUGAAUCGUUAUACGAUAUACCGUUAUUGGAUAAUUCUUCGAAAGAGUCUGAAAAAAAAAUAAUCUGCAUUGCGAAUAAAGAUUAUUUGUAUGAGAAUGGAUUCUUUCCAACUACACGAAGCGUUACAGAUAGCGAACUUUCAAAAGACAUACCAAAUUUUUUGUCAGUAGAAACUUGUACACAGUAUUUAGUAUUUUGGGCGAAUACAAGAAGUUUACAGGAGAAAGUUAAUGAUGAAAUAGAUAGCUUUUUGGAAGCUAGAAAAAGUCUAUUGGAGGAAAAUUCGGAUGAAAAUUUAUUGUUGAAGGACAAAAUUUUUUUUAACAUCUAUCGUGCAAGCAAUUUGUCGAAGUCUGACGCUAUAGAGAUUAUCGAAAAAGAAUUUUAUACACUCGCCACAAGGAAUCGUGAUUUGAAUGCGGAUGAGCUUUUGGGGGAGUUAUUUGAUUAUUGUAAAACGAAUAAUCUCUUUGAAGAACGUGAACUUAUGAAGAGACAGUAUGAUAUAAAUAUAAAAAAGAUGUUUUUUCAAUUUAUUUUUGAAAAUCAGAAGACAAUUUCAGAAAAAAUGAACAAACUUUGUUCGUCUUUCGAUCUAUUCGGUAUGCAAGUUGAAGAUUUGCUUUGCGAGGUUGGUAAUGCUGUAAAGGAUUAUUUGCCUGUAGUAUCUGCGUCAACAGAGGAACUGUGGAAGGAAAGUUCUAUUCUUGAAAAUGCAUGCACCAGUAUCGACGUUGAAAACGAACUUGGUGUUUCAGAAAAGACUGACGGGUUUUCAAGUCCUAUUUCGUGUGAUUUACGAUACAAAUUAGAUCCAUGUAUCGAUAGUACUUUUUAUUCGUAUAAUUGGUACAAGGUUAUCUCUGAUCAGUAUAUGUUGUGGAAAAGAGGUCAGUUGUUAACUACAGAUAAAGAAGAAAGGGCUAAUAGAGUUCUUUUUUCUCUUUUUUUAUUGGAAGAUAUAAAAAAUACGGAACUUUUUUGCAAAGAUAUGCCUGACCCUCCUCUAAGGGACGAUGAUAACGAUUCGAUUGUUUCGACAUUGAACGAAUUGGAAGAAGAAUUUAGUGAAAGUGUAGCUUUAAAAAAUGACGAGAAUUUCGAUGUUCUUGAUUGUUUUAAACACUUAACUAUAUGCGAAAAUGAAAGAUCUAUGGAAGAAGAAGUGGCAUUAUUUACGCAAACUGAAUUAAAAAUAGCGAAUAAAACAGCUGAAGUAUUACAACAUCAUCUGUCACACGGUCAUACUAGUUAUUUUAAUUCUGAAAUGUCAAAAGAGAUUUAUGACGAAUCGUCUAUGCCUACGAGGAUAGACCAUAGAUUUGAUAAACAACUAAAUCAAGAACAAUGUUUUACACCAAAAAGAGAAGUAGUACGAGCACCUGUGCCUGGUGAUAAAAAUGCAGUCAAAAUAAAUGUUGAUGAAAGUUUGUUUGGUAGAGAUAUGCGUGCAGCUUGUUUUGGACAAACGUUCGAUCAACCUUGUAGUAGUAGAGAGCGUCGUACUGAUUCUUUAUGUCGUUAUAUGAUGAAAGAGCGUUUUGAUGACUCGAUACCGAACGCUUUUGGUGAAUGUAUUAUGAAAAGAAAAGUUAUGGCGGAAUGUGAAAAGGAUAUUUAUGCUACAAAACGUAUCGAAUUGCGAUUAUCGUUGAUGCCUUACGUAAGCUAUUCAAAUUUUGAAGGAGCUACACUUACCCAACCGGUUACUAAUUUUUCGCAAGUUUUUGAUCACAUCCGUUUGAGUUUAACAGAAUUAGAUCCCUGUCGUGGUGGUAAUUGCGACAAUUAUGAACAAGGAGGAAAAACGAUUUUACAGGAAGCUUUGGAGGAGGCAGAUAAGGAUUUGUAUUCUCGUUCUAUUUUACCGUCCACGUUAAUGAGGGAUAUGGAUAAAAAUUUUAAGAAAACUAAGUUUCGGUACAGAUGUCGUGAACAUCAUCACAUUGAGCUGGUGCCUUCUGAAAAUGUACAAAUGAGGAUUGAUGCGGUUGAAACGUGUCCGAUUUGUUUUAAGGACAUUUCGUCUGAAGAAGCUAAAGAAAAGAUUUUUUUGUUGAAUUGCGGACACGUUUUGUGUACAUAUUGUUUAUAUAAGAUGAUAAAUACGUUACUGGAAGCGAAUCCUGAAUUAUACUAUUUCGAAUACGAAAAUGUUUUCAAAUACGACAUCGUAAGUGGAUUUGUAAAGAAUCCAGAAAUAAAGUGUCCCAUUUGUCGAGCGGUUUUGUAUUUCACGGAGGAAGUGAACAUUCGAAUGUAUCAAUUCAUAUCGCUUUUGGGCAAUACUGAUGAUAGAGAAAAGGAUAUUAAAAUCGCUGUUUUGGAGAAGAAACUUGCUGACAAGGAGAAGGAGCUUAGAGAAGUUUCAAGUAUUAGAGACAAAACAGACGACGCAAGAAAGAAGUGGCAAGGGUAUGUGAAAGUUAUUUUUGAUGCAUUUAUGAUCUACAAGAAAAAUGUUGACAGUCUUGUUGUAAGUUUUAACACUUUGUCUUUAUCGAAUAAUCGAUUGAUGGACUCUUUGAUUGUCUCAGAAGAAAAUAAUAAAGUGUUGAAGACGUUAUUACAGAUGUACAAAGACGUUAUUCACGAUAGUUCUAAACACAAAUUAACAGAUCUUUUGGGUCGCAGUUAUAAGUUGAUAAUGAGUAUGGCGAACCGUUUAGCGACGUACAGUGAUGUACAGUCGCAAUUGAAAAUCUGUCAGUCUGACUUAGUUGAAUUGCAAGCUCGUAUAAAAGACAUUAUGACCAAUAUGAAUAGAGAAAGAAGCCAACACAGAGCUGAGAAACUCGAGGCUUUAGCACAAAAAGACAUUUUAUCGAUAAAGUUGCUGAAACUAUCAAUUAAAAGAGACAAGGAUAAGACAAAGAUUACAUAUUUGCGAACAGCAAAUAAACGCUUGAGGGACAUCGUUCGUAUGUUAACAAGGAGAAGAAAACUAACGAAGAAGAGUUAUAAGAAAAAAAAGACUACUGAUGUGUAAUUUGACUUGUUUUUUUUUACGAACAAAAAAAUUAGUUUAGUUAAUUUUACUAAUGUAUCUAUUCAGAAAAUAUAUUUUUUAAAUGAAAUGAAAAAGUAUGAUAAAAAAUUUUUUGUAUAAUUUGAUCGUUUCUUAUAAACCAUUGAUUUCUGUAGAUAGCAGGGCAAGAACGUUUAUCUUCUUUUGAUUUGAAAUAAAAGAAAUUUUUUAUAAAAAAUGUAUAGGCAUCCACGGCUGGAUCUCUAACUUUUAAAGAUAUAUUAUAAAGAAAAUAAGUACUAUAUUCUCCACAAACGUUGGUGUUGUCGUCUUGAAUUUGAUGAUCGAAAUAGUUAAUAGUUUGAGUGGUUUUAAAUCUUUUUGCAUCAUCUCUAGCUUCUUUUAAGCUAUUAACGGUCAUAUGUUUGAUAGCUGUUCUAAUAUCAAAAUCGAAUAGUUCAAAAUAAUAAUACAAAGUUCGAAUAAGAUGUUCAAAUUCUGAAAAUAAUUUAUUACAUUUUCUUCCGUAAGAGUCGAAAAAAUAUGACAUUCCCAUCCUAUCGAAAUAUAAAGCUUGCCAAUGUAAUCCUCCGUUCUGAUGAUUACCUGUAUUUAGAAUAAAUCCGAUUGGAAAACUUUUAUCGUUAUCUUUAUUAUCUUGUAGAAAUGUUGUAAUGACGAAGGUUUUUAUUGACUGAAAAUUGUGUAAUAUUUGUAUACAAUCAUCUUCCGCGAGUCCUCCUCCAUACUCUCUUUCAAGAUCAGGUGUUGAAGAAAGACAUUUUUCUAUAGUUUUCAAAUCCAUUUUAUAAUUAAAUGCAAGUUACAAGAAAUGAAAAAUUUACAAGAAAAAAGGUUAUAUUUAUAUUCAUAAAAUUUUUUUUUGUUAAAAAAAAUAUAAAAAAACAGUUAGUUGUAAUCUUUGCCGAUGCUUCCAUCCAUGCGUAUUUCAAUAUUUCUGUAUGAGAACAAAUGUACCAUAAUAUCUAGGUCUUUGUCAAAUCUAUUAGCGCCAGCCAAUUUAACUUUUAAAACCAGGCAUCCACCCCGUUUAUAUUCAUACAAACAACCAUCUGCUCCAACAGCACUGAGGUUUAGAGAUUCGAAGUAGACGGUUGACCUUGUUGGAUUGUCUUUGUAAUAUGAUUCAUCAUUUGCUGUGAUAAGAUGUUUGGACAUAAGUGGUCUUCUAAAAUUUUUCCCUAAUAACUGAUCGUACCUUCGCCAAGCUUCGUGAUUAUCUUUGACAGGGUCGUAACUUUAAUCUAUUUACGAACUUUCGAACAGAACAUUGUGUAGGAACCGCUUCUAUUUGGAAUCCCAAACGACCGUGAUUUUUAAGCAUGUGUUUGUUACACAACAUCAAAGAACUAAACUCCAACGGACAAUGUUCGCAUUUAAAAGAUUGUUUACAAUGUCUUUCUUGAUGAAGAAACAAAUCCUUCUUUCGCAAAAAACCAUAACCGCAAAAAUUACAACAAUUCUCCGAAUGUUCCUUCGCUAUAUGGCUACGAAGUUUGUAUUUUGAUCUAAAUUCACACUGACAUAAAUCGCAUUGAAGUGGAUUAGUAUGAACUUGUGUCUUGUGCUUUCUUAAACUACCAAUCUUACGAAAAACUUUACCGCAAAUAUCACAAACAUGUUCCUCGUUGUUUUCGUGAUAAAUUGUUCGAUGUAAAGUCAAAGAACGAACAGUCGGAAAAGAUUCGUCACAAUAACGACAAUGAAAAUUCCUCUCAUGGUAUAAUCUCUUAUGCUUCGUCAACGUAUUCUGUGUUUUUAAAACACUAGAACAUAAAUCACAAGAAAAGUGCUUCUCUUUAACAUGUAUAUCAUAAGACUUAUUAUCAGGAAAUUCUAACGAACAUAUUUUACAAAAAACCAUAUUCGUAAAAGUACCUUGUAUGAUGAACCAAUCUCUUUAUCUCUUAUGAACCUUUGCUCUGGCCCAAGACGCUCUGACUGAAUUGAAAAAAGCUCUCGCUUUUAUAGCUAGAUCGAAGUAUUGUAUGCUAAUUUCAAACUAUUUUUAAAAAAGAGACGUCAUUAUUACUGAACAAAAAAAAUUUGAAGUUUUUUCAUAUUCAAAGCUAAAAAAAAAUCUAAGUUAUUCCUUAUUUAAAAAUUAAAAUUUUUUCAAAAACCAAAAUUUGAAGUUCCUUCGAAUAACUUCAAAUAAAAAACUUGAAGUUUUUUAUAAAUUUGAAGUUUUUUUCUCAUUUGACUUUAAACAAUAGACGCUUCUCAAUAACCAAUCAUAUGAAUGACAUUUUAAGAUUUAAAAUAUUAGCCAAUAGUAAAGCUCCACAUUUAACAUCGUUGCGUAAUAUGUCAAUCAUUUAUAAAACCACUUAACCAACUCCCGAAUUCACAAACUGUCACACCAACGAUCGUAAUUUUGAAAGAAGUCGAAAAAAAUGACGAACGAAGCAUCAAAAACGAACAAUCAAGCAUUCGAAGUAAAAAAAGCUAUCGAUUCAGCCUUUACGGACGACGAAGAAGAUUUAAUUCCGUUAUCUUUAUUGUCCAAAAGACUACUGACAUCGUGAGUAUAUUUCUUUUCUUUUUACUCUUUUUUAAACUGUUCAUUUAGUUUAAUUAACUUACACAUCUUUUAAAAACACUUUUCAAAUUUUUUUUAUUAAACUUCAAUUUUUCAUUUAGACGCUCAAAUAAAAGAAC